AAAAGUUACAAAAAAUAGAGAAAAAAAAGACCAUUUAAAAAUUUAAAAAAUGUUGCAGGCCAAGAAGUAGUAGCUAUUGAGUGACAUUUUCACCCCUUGAAAACAGAGCUUCUCCCAUUGCCAAACGUAAGAGACUCCUCAUCCACCAUCACUCUCCAAGUCUCAAUCAACACUUCUUCACACGGAACAAUAAGGGUACUCACGUCAUUUCACCUCUUGCCGGCACUUAUUUUGCCGCGCCAUGCCAUUUUCAACUCUCAACCGUUACAUACAACACACAGCAACACACACCACCACCACCUCCGAUGAAGACUCAGAAACCCCGUCAACACCGCAACCGCGAAGCCGGUUCACGCUUCACAUCCUCGCCGGACCACUCACUCACCACCACCAUAGAAUCCAUCGAAUGCAAUUCCCCUGCUCGACGCUCAACCGACACCCGUCGACACCACAAAAUCACAGAGGACACAACCCUCACGCGCCGCCAACUCUGGCCUUCUACGGCGAAGAAAAACUCCGGCACCACCACCCUCGCCGAUCACAUCACCGAAGACAGAAUCAUCGAGCAACAACUCGAUAACAAAAAAGAGAAAUCCAUCAGAUUCUACUCCCAUAGGGUUUCUAGCUCUGCAGGGUUUAACGAUGUAACAACAGCGAGUAGCACCUUCAAGGAAAACGAUCAACAACAACACGGUUCAGCUAGAUUCUCAGGAAGAUUUUUUGCUUCUUCAAUUGGAGAAUCAUCACCUUCUUCUUCAUUGAAGAAACAGGCUAAUUCUGGUUCUGGUUCAAUUCGUUCCACCAUUGUUCCGGGAAGAUUAUCUCUCGAUGAGAGAGCUAAACCUAUCUCUUCUUCGAGGAGAAUGUUGAAUUCUCUUGAUUUGGAAUCUCAAUCUGGUGAUUCUGGGAAAACUUUGAGUCCAAGAAAAUCAACAGGGGUGGAGGUUAAAUCCAGGUUCAGGUCUAGAAGGGGAGCUUCGGAUUCGAACAUUGGGAAUUUGGAUGGUGAUUCUUCUUCUGCGCUGAAGAAAUCGGUUUUGAAAUCGGCGAUCAAGAGGGCUAAUUCACUUGCAGGUUAUAAGAGUUCUAAGUCUCAAUGGGCUUUAUCACCAGGAAGAUCAGAUUCACCUGCUAUGUCAGUAGAAAACAUGGAGAAACCAGUGUUGUUUUCAACUCCAACUAGUCCUGCUCCUUUUACCAAGGUGAAAGGAGUGGAGAAAAUCCUCAAUUUGGGUUUUGAUUUCUUUAAAACUAAGAAAUCAUCUGUGGUUAAUUCAUCGCCUCUCGCUUUUGGAAACUCGGAGAAUGUGCACCGGCUUCGUCUGCUUGAUAAUCGGUUGAUUCAGUGGAGGUAUGCAAAUGCUAGAGCUCAAGUAGUGAAUGCAAACAUUUCUCAUCAUGCUGAGAGCAAUUUGGUAUGUGCUUGGGAUACUCUCACAAAGUUGCGACAAUCUGUUCUGAAAAAGAAGAUACAAUUUUACAGAGAAAAACUUGACAUGAAGGUUGCUUUUAUAUUGUAUUAUCAAAUGAAAUUACUAGAAGCUUGGGGAGGUAUGGAAAGACAGCAUGUAUCAGCACUUAAUGUGACCAAAGAGUGUUUGCAUUCUGUUGUUUGCAGAGUUCCUCUUUUGGAGGGUGCUAAGGUGAACUUGCAAUCAACAUCCCUUGCCUUGCGGCAAGCAUCUGAUCUCACAUCUUCCAUCAAGUCAAUACUAACAAGUUUUUCACCUCCACAGAUUGAUAAGACUGCUGCAAUGGUAUCAGAAUUAGCAAAAGUUGUAGCACUAGAGAAACAACUCAUAGAAGAAUUCUAUGAUCUUUUCCAGGCCACAUCUGUCUUCGAGAUUCAAGAAAGCAGUGUGAAAUGCAAUCUCGUUCAGCUUGAAAGUUGGCAGCAGAAAUAUAAACAGCGACAAUUACUAUCAGAGAUCACUACAUAGAUCUCUAUGUUGAUAAAUUAGAUGAGCAAAGGUAGCAGUUAACUACACAUAAACCAGUAGUGAAAUUUCAGUUUUCAAAGAAGUAUAAGUAUUGUUUGACAAAUGUUGCUGGUAUUGCAACUGCAUAUAUAUGGUCACCAAAACUACAAUAGUUAUUCUUUAAUUUAUGUUAGAAUUUAAAAUGAAUCAAAAUCAUGUGUUAGACACUUAUUAUCUUCCUUCUUGUUCACAUAAGAAGAAUGCUCUUGGGACAAUAAUUAGGCUGAUUAUUGUGACUUGAUCAGAUAAAUGGGCUCUACUCAUGAAAAACAACAAUUUCAACCCUUGUAGAAUUGAUGGACGAUAAAGCAUUUGAUAAUAAACUAAAUGGUGUCCCCUGCCACAUGUGAGGAUUUAGCUGCGAUUGUUAAUGGCGAUUCUGUUUCUGGUGAGGUCAUGCCCAUGGUUUCUCCUAUUCCCUCGGCUCCGAGCAAGUUUGUGGGGUUGGAGUUUGGUGGAGGUGACGAGGAGACUAUUUGCGGUCUUGAAAUGGAAUUGAAGGAGCUAUAACUACCUUGAGCAUUGGAAUUUUCUUUCUUUUAUUUUUUGGUUUGAUUAUGGUACAAGUGUUUGAUUUUUGGCUCUUUUGGUGUUGUCUUUCCUUUGAAGGGUUGGAGGAUUCCCCCCCCCCCCUUCAUUGACCUGUUUUUUACUAGGUCUGUAAUCAUUUUCUGGUUUUGAGAUGAAGU